AUGGCUGAGGGGAAAAGACAUUGGAACAAGGAAGAUGACCUGCCAGUGUACCUGGCCAGACCGGGCACCACGGCUCAAACACCCCGCCAGAAGUACGGGGGGAUGUUCUGCACCGUGGAAGGUGCCUACGAAAGGAAGACAAUAGAUUUCGACGCCUACAGCGUGGGGCGCAGGAGCUGCAAGGCGUCUCGGAGCUCCAGCAGACAGGACCUGCUGUCGCCGGAGUCAGACGGACUGAGUGAAACCGCUAGCGAUGUCAGUGAGGUCUCCGGCUCGGUCAUCAGCUCUCCCGGCGAGAGGGAGGAGAGAGCCCCGCUGGAGAUCAAACCUGCGACCGGCAAGGAGCUGCUCCAGGACUGGGAGCAGGGCAAGGGUGAUCAAAUUCUCAUCAAAGGUGGGAGGAUCAUCAACGAUGACCGGUCUUACUAUGCCGAUAUUUAUCUAGAAGAUGGAAUCAUAAGACAAAUUGGGGACAAUCUAAAUAUCCCUAACGGUGUGAAAACCAUUGAGGCAAAUGGCAGGAUGGUUAUUCCAGGAGGAAUCGAUGCAAACACCUAUCUACUGAAACCCUACAUGAACACUACUAGUGUGGAUGAUUUCUUUCAAGGAACAAAGGCAGCCCUGGCAGGAGGAACCACAAUGAUAAUUGAUCAUGUUGUGCCCGAGAAGAAUGCCACUUUGCUGACUGCUUUUGAAAAGUGGCAUGAGGCAGCUGACAACCGAUCCUGCUGCGAUUACUCCCUGCAUGUGGACAUUCCUCAGUGGAACGAAGGCAUCAAAGAAGAGUUGGAAAUCUUGGUACAAGAGAAAGAUAUUAAUUCUUUUCAAGUCUACAUGGCAUAUAAAGACAUGUUCCAGAUGACAGACAGUGAGCUUUAUGAAGCCUUUACUUUUUUAAAGGAUCUUGGUGCUGUAAUAUUACUCCAUGCAGAAAAUGGUGACUUGAUUGCAGAGGAACAAAAGCGAAUCUUGAACAUGGGAAUUACAGGACCUGAAGGUCAUGCAUUGAGUAGACCCGAAGAGCUGGAGGCUGAGGCAGUAUACCGAGCGAUCACGAUUGCCAAUCGGAUCAACUGUCCCCUGUAUAUCACCAAGGUGAUGAGUAAAAGUGCAGCGGAUGUCAUUGCUCAAGCCAGGAGAAAAGGAGCUGUAGUUUUUGGAGAGCCAAUCACUGCAAGCCUUGGGACAGAUGGAACACAUUACUGGAGCAAAAACUGGGCCAAGGCUGCGGCUUUUGUGGCGUCACCACCACUGAGUCCUGACCCCAGUACACCUGACCACCUGAACUCACUACUUGCCUGUGGAGAUCUGCAGGUCACAGGAAGUGGCCACAGUACAUUUACCACUGCUCAGAAAGCCAUUGGCAAAGAUAACUUCUGCUUAAUCCCUGAAGGCACCAAUGGUAUUGAAGAGAGAAUGAGUGUUAUCUGGGAGAAAGCUGUGGCCACAGGUAAAAUGGAUGAGAACCAAUUUGUCGCUGUUACGAGUACCAAUGCUGCCAAAAUUUUCAACCUGUAUCCAAGGAAAGGAAGGAUAGCUGUGGGAUCGGAUGCUGACCUUGUCAUCUGGGACCCAGACACAGUUAAAACAAUCUCUGCAAAGACGCAUCGCUCGGCUGUGGAAUAUAAUAUCUUUGAGGGAAUGGAAUGUCGGGGUGCUCCAAUAGUGGUCAUCAGUCAGGGGAACAUUGUCCUGGAAGAUGGGAAUCUGUAUGUUAAUCAAGGAACAGGUCGAUUUAUCCCUCGUAAGCCAUACCCUGAAUAUAUAUAUCAGCGUAUCAAGAUUCGGAACAAGUCAACGGAACUGCACGCGGUGGCUCGAGGGAUGUACGAUGGUCCUGUGUAUGAAUUCCCAGUCACACCUAAAUAUGUCACUCCAGCUCCUUCAACCAAAACAUCCCCAACGAAACCACAGCAUGUACCAGUGCGAAACCUGCAUCAGUCUGGAUUUAGCCUAUCAGGUGCCCAGUUUGAUGAUAACGUUCCACGCCGUUCUGGACAUCGUAUUGUCAAUCCUCCUGGAGGACGCUCCAACAUCACAAGUUUAGGUUGA